AUGGCUGACAUUCUCACACAACUGCAAACAUGUCUCGACCAGCUAGCCACACAAUUCUACGCAACGCUCUGCUAUCUCACAACCUACCAUGACCAUCUCCCCGCCUCAUCUCCUCCUCAAUCCGCCGGUCUGACCGACACCAUGCCCUCGCUCGCCAAGAUCCCUCGCAACCAACCCACCGCGGCACCCAUGCCCGCCGGUGCAGCCGCAAAGCAGACAACCGCCGAACAACAGCAAGGCCAGGGUUCUCCGUCUCUGGGAGCUGGAGAGUCGUCGACUUUACCUCCAGGUGCAGGAUCGACUGCUGUUCUCAUGCCGGGACAAGGGGACCCAGAUCAACCGCCACUGCCAGAUCCUCCAGCGCUGUUUGCGUAUAGACAAAAGGAGUUGGCACGGGAUUUGAUUAUCAAGGAGCAACAGAUUGAAUACCUGAUUAGCCGGCUUCCAGGAAUUGGCUCGUCCGAGGCUGAGCAGGAGGCGCGCAUCCGUGAAUUGGAAGGGGAGUUGAGGCAUGUGCACGUUGAGAGGGAGCGCAAGGCACAAGAGCUGAAAAAGUUAGGGAAGAAGCUCGAAGCGGUGCUAGGAACUGUGGAAAGGGGUAUCUUUGCAGACCGCAAAAGUGAAGAAUAG